AUGGACAUUCUUUCUUUCAUGACUAUCAUGAUUGCAUACAUGAUUGUACCCAUUAUAGCAACUAGUUCCAUCAGUGUGUCUGAGUCUUUAAGUGACGGGGAAACUUUAGUUUCAAAAGGUGGACAAUUUGAACUGGGCUUUUUUAGGCCGGGCAAUUCUACAAGACGUUAUCUUGGGAUUUGGUACAAGCAGUUGCCUAUACAAAAAGUUGUUUGGGUUGCAAACAGGGCAACCGCUGUCAACAAUACUUUUGGCAUCUUAACACUGAGUACCACAGGUAAUCUCAUACUCCGCCAAAACGAAACUUUUGUUUGGAGUACAACAUCAGAUAAACAAGCACAGAAACCAAUAGCAGAGCUCUUGGACAGUGGUAAUCUUGUGAUAAGAAACCAAGUAGAAACAUAUCCAGAAGGAGGAACCUACUUGUGGCAAAGCUUUGACUAUCCGUGUGAUACAAUUUUGCCAGGGAUGAAGUUGGGAUGGGAUCUCAGAAAUGAUUUUGAAAGGAGAAUAACUUCUUGGAAGAGUCCUGAUGAUCCAUCUCCAGGAGAUCUUUCUUGGGGUCUUGUGCUUCAUAAUUAUCCAGAGUUUUAUCUGAUGAACGGAAAAGAGAAAUACUGUCGGAUUGGACCAUGGAAUGGACUUCAAUUUAGUGGCUUUUCGAAUAGAAAACAAAAUUCUGUAUAUGGUUUUAAGUAUGUUGCUAAUAAUGAUUUGAAUUAUGUGUCUAAUAAGGAUGAGAUGUUUUACUCCUUUACCCUCAAGAAUUCUUCUGCCUACGUCAGUGCUACGAUAUACCAAACCUUGUUUACUAUCUCUGUGUGGGAGAAGAAUUAUACGAAUUGGUUGAUCAUUGAGUAUACUCCGAUGGACCAGUGUGAAAUGUAUGCGACUUGCGGACCCUAUGCAAGUUGCUCGAUUACAUAUGCACCACCUUGCAAAUGUUUAAAUGGGUUCAUUCCAAAGUCGCCGCAACAAUGGGCCAUAAACAACUGGACUCAAGGGUGUGUCCGUAAUAUAUCAUUAAGCUGCAACAACCCACAAGUGGAAGUAGAUGAUAUGUUGGUAAAAUAUAUGGGUGUCAAAGUACCAGAUACUACACAUACUUUAUUGUAUGAGAAUAUUGAUUUAGAACUAUGCAGAACCAUGUGCUUGAAUAAUUGCACUUGUACAGCUUACACUAAUUCAGACAUAAGUGGAAAUGGAAGUGGCUGUGUUAUAUGGUUUGGUGAUCUAAUCGAUAUAAGACAGUUUGACACUGGUGGCCAAGAUCUCUAUAUUCGUAUAGCUCAGGAAGUAAUAAAGGCUUCAAACAGGCGCAACAAAAGCAUGAUAACCAUAGCUACUACCACUGCUGCUGCAAUUUCUGGGAUGCUUUUAUUUUGCGUAUAUGUCAUAUAUAAAGUCCGAAGGAGAAUUGCUGAUAAGUCAAGGACAAAAGAUAACAUUGAAAAGCAUCUAGAGGAUAUAGAUUUACCGUUAUUUAAUCUGCAAACAAUUGUUAUCGCCACUAGCAACUUCUCCUUGAAUAAUAAGAUUGGACAAGGUGGUUUUGGAUCUGUAUACAAGGGAAAAUUAGAAGAUGGACAAGAAAUUGCAGUUAAGAGACUUUCAACAAACUCUGGACAAGGAAUUACCGAGUUUCUAACAGAAGUUAAACUGAUUGCAAAACUUCAACACCGAAAUCUGGUCAAGCUUCUUGGCUGUUGUGUUGGAGGACAAGAAAAACUACUAGUAUAUGAAUACAUGGCUAAUGGUAGCCUUUGUGAAUAA